GGGCUGAGGAAAGGAGAGAGAGAGAGAGAGCCGUUGGAGAAAAAAAGAAGAAGAAAACGUGUAACGGUUCUUUAAAAAAAAAAAAAAAGAAGCUCCGCCGCGCUCAGCCACGACGUCCUCCGGCUGAGACAGUUCCAUCCCAUUGGGACUUCAUGGGGUGGUGGGGAAGGCCUAGUCCCCCACCUUGAUCAGGCCAGACCCCCCAGACCCCCCAGACCCCCCCGAUGGACAAACAAGGAGCCAUGAGUACACCAGGCAAGGUCAGCGGGAUCAAACCCCCGAGCAAAGUGGUCCGUCUACACGCGUCAAAGACGUCUCCGUCCUCCGGCGCUCCAAAGCCGGUUCCUCCAGAGAAGACCCCCGGCGGGGGCGCCUCCCCGACCCAGGACGGGAACGCGGACUUCCAGGUCGGCGAGAGGGUCUGGGUCAACGGCGACAAGCCCGGGCAGGUGCAGUUCAUCGGGGGCACGCAGUUCGCCCCCGGGCAGUGGGCGGGCGUCGUGCUGGAAGAGCCCAUCGGGAAGAACGACGGGUCCGUGUCGGGGGUCCGGUACUUCCAGUGCGAGGACGGGAGGGGGAUAUUCACGCGGCCUUCCAAGCUAUCCAAGACCGCGCUGCCAGAGACGGAGGCCAACGGGGGGGCGGCCGGUCCGGCGCCAGGAGCCCCCACGGCGCCGAGCGACCCUGAACCCGCCGGUGACGGACAGCUCAUCCGUCACUUGAAAACAUGCGUUGUGACUGCGAGCGCACUCGGCCGGGUGCUCACGUCCAGCGAGUCGGUGUCCAACGUGUCGGACACGGAGUCCGUGAAGAAGAGGAGGGAGCUGAGGCUGGGAGACCGCGUGCUGGUCGGUGGCAACAAGGCCGGAGUCGUGCGCUUCCUGGGAGAGACGGACUUCGCCAAGGGCGGCUGGUGUGGAGUGGAACUGGAUGAGCCGCUCGGCAAGAACGACGGAGCCGUCGCCGGGACCAGAUAUUUCCAGUGCAUGUGCAGGUACGGUCUGUUCGCCCCGGCCCACAAGGUGACGCGCAUCGGCUUCCCGUGCACCACGCCGACCAAGGCCAAGAGCUCGCGGAGGAUGUCCGCCCUCAAGAGGAGCCCCAGCGCUUCCUCCAUCAGCUCGCUCAGCUCCGCCACCUCCUCCAUCAGCGGCAAACCCAGCCGGGCCGGACUGCUGACGGAGACGUCGGCUCGCUACGCCCGUAAGAUCUCCGGCACCACGGCGCUGCAGGAGGCGCUGAAGGAGAAGCAGCAGCACAUCGAGCAGCUGCUGGCGGAGCAGGACCUGGAGAGGUGCGAGGUGGCGAAGGCCACGAGCCACGCGGGAGAGGUGCAGCAGGAGAUGCUUCUGCUGAGGAAAGGCCGGGAGCAGUACGCGGCGGAGACGGAGGCCAAGCUGGACCAGCUGCGUUCGCUGGUGGAGGCCGCCGAUCGAGACAAAGUGGAGCUGCUCAACCAGCUGGAGGAGGAGAAGCGCAAAGUGGAAGAUCUGCAGUUCAGUGUGGAGGAGGCCUGCAUCACCAGAGGAGACCUGGAGACGCAGACCAGACUGGAGCUUGCCCACAUAAAGGAGCUCGAGCAGAGCCUGCUCUUUGAAAAGACCAAAGCUGAGAAGCUCCAGAGGGAUUUAGAGGACACCAGGGUGGCCACGGUGUCGGAGCGCUCCAGGAUCAUGGAGCUGGAGAGGGAGGUGGCCGACCUCCGGCUGCGGCUGCGGGCGUCCCGGCAGAAGGAGGACGCCGCGUCGCUGAGCCAGCAGCAGAUCAGCAGCCUGGAGGCCCGCGCUCAGUCUCAGGAGAAGAAGAUCGGCGAGCUGAGUGUCGACGUGGAGAGCAAACAGAAAGACGUUCAGUCGGUGCAGCGAGAUAAGGACUCGCUGGAGGAGCAGCUGGCCGGCCUGAGACGGCAGCUCCGGGCGGCCGAGGAGGAGAACGGGAGGACGGCGGAGAGCAUGAGAGAGCUGGAGCAGAAAGCGGAGCAGGCAAAGAAAGACGUCCGAGCGCUGCAGGAGGAGGCUGCUGGAGAGUCGGAGAGGGCGGCGCUCUCACUGGAGAAGCUGACCAAUGAGAACGAGACGCUGGAGACGCAGCUCGAGGCUUUAAAACAGCAGAACUCUAAACACCAGGAGGAGCUCAGUCUGUCGAAGGAGCGGAGCGGCUCAGAAAACCAGCAAAUCAGAGUCCUCUGCAAGGAAAUUGAGGAGCUGAAGCUGGCCUCCCAGAAGUCUCUGCAUCUUGAGGAGCAGCUCGAGCAGCGCGGCGCUCAGCGGCCGGACCUGAAGACCAGAGAGACCUCCUCCAAUCAGGGCCCUGAGGGGGAAAUGAACUUCCUCAACUCGGAGAGAGACCGGGAGCUGGAGGCUCUGAGGAACGAGAUCGCCGUGCUGCGAGGAGAGAGCGCCGUGGCCAAGACGCUGCAGGCGGCCGUGGAGACGCUGGAGGGAGACAAGGCGCAGCUGGAGAGCCGCGUUCACGGCCUGGAGCAAAGGCUCAUGGGAGCUCGGGCGUGGGAGGGAGAAGACGGGGAGGCUCCGCCCCCAGGCAACGCCGCUGUGGAGCAGCUGAGGGAAGAGAAGGAGUUCGCCGAGGGGCAGAUCAACUUCCUGAACAGCGUGAUCGUGGACCUGCAGCGGAAGAACGAGGAGCUGAAGAUCAAACUGAAGAAGAUCGCCGUGGCCGAGUUCAACGGCAACGACGGGACGGACGGGUUGGUGGACGGCGUGUCGAAGCGGCGUGAGAAGAAGGCGGCGCCGCGUCUGUUCUGCGACAUCUGCGACUGCUUCGACCUCCACGACACGGAGGACUGCCCCACUCAGGCCCAGAGCCCGGACGCCGUGCCGCACAGCAGUUACCGCGGCGACCCGGCCGCCGAGAGGCCCUACUGCGAGGCCUGCGAGGCCUUCGGGCACGCCACGGAGUCCUGCGCCGACGACCAGACCUUCUAGUCGCUCCGGGGAGCCUCUUCGCCUCCUCCGAUCCCUCCGCCGUGCGUCCACGGCCUCACCUUCGCUCACCUGCCUCCAGAUCUUUCCAUAUUGUAUUUUUAUACUGUAUUCAUGCACAU